AUCCGAGCCUAGGUCGAGAUAGGCAAACCACUGAAACUUGUCAUCAGUCGCGGGUUGCCUACUUGCCAACAGUGCUGUGGAUUUUCAGUGAUUUCAAUGAUUUGGAUUAAGAUCUGACGCUCGUUGCCUUAUUAAACGAACAAUAAGCAAUCGAUUGAAGCGUACCUACACCGUGUAAAUACGUGCUAAUAACACCAGUGUUGCGAUGAAAAGUCGCUGUGGAAGAAUCGAUAAACGUGGUGCCGAGUUAUAACACCUGAUCCAGUGCAGUGUUUAGUGUGAUUAGUGGUACAAUGGGGUGCGAGUUAGGGAAAUUGGCAUCGAGUGGCGGUUCGGGGAAUCACCGGAAACCGGACGAAAGUGCUCCACCUGCCACUGUUGAUCCAAGACUACCGCUUACUGCCAAACAGAAAUACAACAUGCUGGCCUCGUGGAAGGGCAUCAGCAGGGCUAUGGAAUCGACAGGAGUUUGCAUGUUCUUAAAAUUAUUCGAAGAGCACGCCGAGUUGCUAACUUUAUUUGAGAAAUUCAAGGAGCUGAAGACGAAGGAGGAUCAAGCCAGCAGUUUAGAAUUGGCUGAACAUGCCAGCACAGUUAUGAAUACGUUAGAUGAAGGUAUCAAAGAACUCGACAAUUUGGAUACUUUUUUCGAAUAUUUACACCAAGUUGGAGCCUCGCAUAGAAGGAUACCUGGGUUUAAAGUGGAAUAUUUCUGGAAAAUCGAAAAGCCGUUCCUGACAGCCGUGGAAACAACGUUAGGAGACCGUUACACGGAAAACGUGGAAAACAUCUACAAAAUUACGAUAAAGUUCAUCAUUGAAACAUUGGUAAAAGGCUACGACAAUGCCAACGCGCCAACGUGAAAAUCAUCAGACUGAUACGAAUUAUAGCCCGUCACUGCUAUAUAAACCGAAAAAACUACUACAAAUUAUAUAAAACAAAAAAUAUCUUUUGAGAAGCGACGGAUGAGUGUGUGGAUGAGACGCCGAAUGCAUAACAGACUUAAAAAGUGUUGUAGAUAUAUUGUAUGCUUAUGUGCUUAUACGCCUUCCAUUUGGUAUAAUUCAUUUUCGAGGGUUAGUUGAUGUUGUUAGCAAAUAAUUUUUGUUAAAAUUAAAGUAAUACCUCACACAAGACAAAAAGUGUUUUUUGAUUUUUACAUAUCGUGUUUCCAACAUAAAAAUUGUAAAGUUUAAUGUUUGUUCUUAUGGCAAGUGCAACUUGAAUGAAUUUUACAAUAAUAAACUUGAUUGCUGCGUUACUUUAAUUAAAUUUAUUAUAGUUGUCCAAAUAGGUCAAUUGUGAGUCAAUUUUCCAAAAAGUACCAAAAUUUUAUAUAAAAACGACCCAGAUCUAGUUCUACGAAAUCCAUUAUUAAGUUUGUAUGUCAAUAGUGAGCCAAUGAUUAUGUGGAGAGCCUUAUCAUUAUAACAUAUUGUAAAUAUUAUACAAUUACUAAAUCACACAAUACGUUUUUAUAUGAUAAAUUAUUAUUAAUGAAUUAUAAAAAUGUGAACAAAUUGUUAAUUAUUAUGUAUUAUAUUUAAGUAUGACGAUAUUAAUAAAGAUGUGUAUUUUGUGCUACACAUUAUAUGUAUGUACUCAUAGUAUAUUGUAAAUGUAUUAUUAUCAUGUUCACCAACAAUGAUCAGAUUCAUGUUAAUCGUAUAAGAAAACAUUGUUAUUUAUGUAUUAUUAUAUAUAGUUA